AUCACCACCAUUAUGGGCGGAGAAUCACACCAGACAACCAAUAUGGCCUCUACAGCCGCGUACCCUCAGCUCGCCAUCCGUCCCAAAGGCAAGCUCAUCCACGACAUCUACCGCGAUCGACUGAACCAAUUCACCUCCAAUGGCCAGUACAAACAACAAGGCCUCCAAGCCAAAAUGUACAAUGCUCGUCUCAGCGAGGGCCACGUCCACCUCUCCGUCUGGUCGGCACCCGAACUUACCCGACCCACUUUCUCGGAAGCCACAUCCAGCAAUAACCACUACAAGAAGACUCACAAAGGCGAAAGCUUUGGUCCUAGUUGGAGCACACAUUGGUUCAAAGUGCAAUUCACCGUGCCUCAGGAAUGGGAUGCUGAGGAGCGAGUGGAAUUACACUGGGACUCCAAUAGCGAGGGCAUGGUCUGGACGGAGGAUGGAAAGCCGCUACAGGGCUUGACGGGAGGCGGGGAGAGGGUCGAAUGGAUUGUGACAGACAAAUAUCGAACUGGGAAGGAAGAAACAAUAUAUAUUGAGAUGGCGUGUAAUGGAAUGUUUGGAAAUCCUACUGGUGGGGAUACGAUUCAACCUCCUAAUCCGAAUCGAUACUUUCAGCUGGCAGUGGCAGACUUGGUAGCUGUCAAUUUGGAAGCCAGAGCGCUCUUCUACGAUUUCUGGAUCUUGGGAGAUGCUGCGAGAGAGUUUCCUACUGAUAGUUGGGAGGAACAUAGGGCGUUGACGUUGGCGAAUGAGAUUAUUGAUACUUUCAUCGCUGGGGAUGGAUCGAAUGACGCUAUCAAGGAAUGUCGGAAGCUGGCGAAACAGUAUGUGGGAGACAAGGUUGAUGGGCCCGAGGUGUACGACCUGACACCUGGAGAUCCGCCGAGGGAAGUGCUGGUGACGGGUAUCGGGCAUUGUCAUAUCGAUACCUGUUGGCUGUGGCCAUGGGCGGAGACGAAGAGGAAAGUGGCGAGGAGUUGGAGCAAUCAGUGCGAACUGCUGGAUCGAUAUCCAGAACACCGAUUCUGUGCCAGUCAGGCACAGCAGUACAAGUGGCUGGAACAACUAUAUCCUUACGCAUUCGACCGCGUGAAGGAGCAUGUGAAGAAGGGCACCUUCCAACCCAUUGGCGGCUCGUGGGUCGAGCAUGACACCAACAUGCCAUCUGGAGAGUCCCUGGUCCGGCAGUUCUUGUAUGGACAGCGAUUCUUCGAAUCGAGGUUCGGUGAGAGAUGCAAGACGUUCUGGUUACCAGACACAUUUGGCUACUCGUCACAAAUUCCGCAGCUUUGCAGACUCGCGGGCAUGAAUCGCUUCUUCACUCAGAAGUUGAGCUGGAACAACAUCAACAACUUUCCACACACCACUUUCAGCUGGGUCAGUCUGGAUGGUAGUCAAGUGCUAUGUCAUAUGGCGCCUUCGGAGACGUACACAGCUGAAGCACAUUUUGGCGAUGUCAAGAGAUCAGUGACGCAACACAAGAGUAUGGAUCAAGACCCCUCCUCCCUGCUCGUCUUCGGCAAAGGCGAUGGAGGCGGUGGACCUACGUGGGGCCAUAUCGAGAAACUUCGCCGUUGCCGUGGUAUCGCGGACAAUGUCGGCGCGCUUCCUCGCGUCCACAUGGGCAAUAGUGUCGAAGACUUUUUCGAUCGUCUGGAGAAGAAUGCCGCAACGGGCAAGACGGAGUUUGUGACCUGGUAUGGUGAGCUGUACUUCGAGCUCCACAGAGGUACAUACACGACUCAAGCGAACAACAAGAAGGGUAAUCGCAAGUCGGAGGUCCUACUGCAUGACAUCGAGUACCUGGCCACGUUGGCCUCGUUGCAUGACAAGAACUUCGAGUAUCCGAAAAAGGAGAUUGAUUCUAUGUGGGAGAGUGUAUUGCUAUGUCAAUUCCAUGACUGCUUGCCAGGGUCGUCGAUCGAGAUGUGCUACGAUGAUUCCGACAAAGAAUACGCCAAGGUGUUUGAGACUGGGGAGAAGGUGCUCAAGGACGCAUUGAGAGCAUUAGGUUUCACCGAUGACGGAGAGGAUCAGAAUGCGAAGGAUGUUGCUAUCAAUACACUUGGCUGGCAGCGUGACGACCGCGUGCUUUCACAUCAGAUUGCUCAAAUCGUCGGACAACCCGCUCGCUGUGCCACCGAGCAGCCUUCCGUACGCGUAACUAGUACUGAAGCUGGCACUUUUGUCCUGGAGAACUCUAAACUAUCUGUGAAGGUAUCCAAGGGUGUCAUCACCUCUCUGUACGACAGGGAGGCUAAGCGCGAAGUGCUGCCCGAGGGCGGUAAGGCAAACCAGCUUGUCCUGUUCGACGACAAACCACUUUACUGGCAGGCCUGGGACGUCGAGGUCUUCCAUCUCGAGUCCAGAAGAGAGUUGAGUGCAUCUGGGCCGACGGAGAUCACAGAGCAAUCGCCUCAGCGCGUUGCUGUCACCACCAAGACUCAAAUCUCUGAGAAGUCUUGGAUCAAGACCACGAUCGCCUUGAGCGCUGCCUCUAAAGACUCAAAAACUUCCUAUGUUGAAGUGGAAGCGGAGGUCGAAUGGCACGAGACUAUGAAGUUCCUGAAAGUGGAAUUUCCAACCACAAUCAACAACACGGAAGCUUCCUAUGAAACUCAAUUUGGCAUUGUACGAAGACCUACGCAUUACAACACCAACUGGGACAUGGCCAAGUUUGAAGUGUGUUGCCAUAAGUGGGCUGAUCUGAGUGAGCAUGGAUAUGGCGUGUCCAUUCUCAACGAGAGCAAAUACGGCUUCGCUACCACAGGCAAACUCAUGCGCCUUUCUCUGCUUCGUGCACCCAAGGCACCUGAUGCGCACGCCGACAUGGGACAUCACAAGAUCAAGUGGGCUAUUCUACCGCAUGCUGGACCGCUGGACGAACGCACUGUUCGAGCAGCAGCCGAGUUCAACAACCCUAUGGCUGUGCAUCGUCAUCCGCAGAUCUCAAGUGUGGAGGACUUGUUCUCUGCUUUCAAGCUGACCGGCGACUCUUCCACGAGUCUGGUAGUGGAUACCGUGAAACGUGGUGAAGACGACGAGGACGCCAGUAACGGCGAUCUGAGAGUCAAGAAAGGCAGACAUGUGAUCGUGCGUGUUUACGACUCUCUGGGUGGGACAUCGAGAGGCACAAUCAGCCUGGGGCCUGUCAAGGUGACCAAGGCAUGGAAGACGAAUAUCUUGGAGGACGUCAUGGAAGAGGUCCAGGUGACCGAGAAUGGCAUCGACAUUGAGCUCAGGGCUUUCGAAGUCGCGACCUACAAGUUGUCGGUUUAGGGAACGCAUAGAUCGAUUUCGGAAGAGCAGAGCUAUAGGCACGAGGAUGGCGUACUCAAUCGUGAGUAUGUUUGGUGCGAGAAGGAUGGCAAUCCGAAGGUACAGAGGCUGUCGAAUGCACAUCAGCCAUUGUCCACGGUCAGCCAACGUGAAGCGAGACCUGAAUCAUGGGACUGGAAAGAAAGCGCGAGCGAGGGAUACCUGGCUAAGGUGGCGAAAGAUUACAUUUCGAUGCGGAAAGAGGACGAUACAUGAGGAUAUUGGUGGUUGGAAAAGGUGAAUAUCGAGGGAGUCGCUGUUGUACUAUUUGUAGAAGUAGGGUAUCUGAUAUCGAUUGAAAGCAAAUGCGG